UCCACCUCCUCUCCUUGUCCCACGCAAAGCCAGCGAGCGAGCCGCGCGCCUCGCCACCACCGCAUCACCCACCAGAGGAAGAAGAGAGACCAUGAUGUCGCCCAUGGGGGCCUCCUCGGAGCUGAUCUACCGCGGCCACGACGCGCAGGCGGUGGACGGCCCCGGCGCCGCUGGGUACUCGUCGGCCAAGCCGCAGAAGCCGCUGCCGUGGCUGGCGCGGCCGCUGCGGUACGUGAUGGGCGAGCAGCGCCUGCUGUUCGCCCUCGUCGGCAUGGCCAUCGCGUCGCUCGUGUUCCUCCUGGCGCCCGCCUCCACCGCCUCUGGCGCAGCGCGGGCCACGUCGAGCAGCAGCAGCGUGGCACACCUCGCGGCGGUGGGGCUGGCGUCGCGGCAGUACUCGUCCGGCGCGGUCUCGCGGAUGGCGUUCGAGGAGCCCAGAGGCAUCCGGCCAGGGCGCGUGCCGCUGGGUCUGAAGCGCAAGGGCCUGCGCGUGGUGGUGACGGGCGGCGCCGGGUUCGUGGGCAGCCACCUGGUGGACCGGCUGCUGGCGCGCGGCGACAGCGUCAUCGUGGUGGACAACUUCUUCACGGGCCGCAAGGAGAACGUGCUGCACCACGCCGGGAACCCCAACUUCGAGAUGAUCCGGCACGACGUGGUUGAGCCCAUCCUGCUGGAGGUGGACCAGAUCUACCACCUGGCGUGCCCGGCGUCCCCCGUGCACUACAAAUUCAACCCCGUCAAGACCAUCAAGACCAACGUCGUCGGCACGCUCAACAUGCUGGGGCUCGCCAAGCGCGUCGGCGCCCGGUUCCUCCUCACCAGCACCAGCGAGGUCUACGGCGACCCGCUCCAGCACCCGCAGGUCGAGACAUACUGGGGAAACGUCAACCCCAUCGGUGUGCGGAGCUGCUACGACGAGGGCAAGCGGACGGCGGAGACGCUGACCAUGGACUACCACCGUGGCGCCAGCCUCGAGGUGAGGAUUGCUCGGAUCUUCAACACCUACGGGCCCCGCAUGUGCAUCGACGACGGCCGCGUCGUCAGCAACUUCGUCGCCCAGGCACUGAGGAAGGAGCCCCUGACGGUGUACGGCGACGGCAAGCAGACGAGGAGCUUCCAGUACGUCUCCGAUCUGGUUGAGGGUCUGAUGAAGCUGAUGGAGGGCGAGCACGUGGGCCCGUUCAACCUGGGGAACCCCGGCGAGUUCACGAUGCUGGAGCUGGCCAAGGUGGUGCAGGACACCAUCGACCCCAACGCGCGCAUCGAGUUCCGCCCCAACACCGCCGACGACCCGCACAAGCGCAAGCCGGACAUCAGCCGCGCCAAGGAGUUGCUGGCCUGGGAGCCCAAGGUGUCGCUCAAGAAGGGGCUCCCCCUCAUGGUCCAGGACUUCCGCAGCCGCAUCUUCGGCGACCAGAAGGACGCCGCCAACGCCGGCGACAACUGAUCAUGAACGGCCGUCAUGUCGUCAGCCGCUGCAUGCAUUGCUUUUCUUCGCACCUUUAGGGAUCGGGUUAAGGCCGGAAAGAUACUGCGGGUAGUAAUCAACGACCGAAACUGAACUGAAUCAACCGAGGAUACAUGUGUGUAGGAUAGUUAGCUCUGCUGCAUAAACGUCAUACAGAUUGAGAUAUAUAUAGCUGCUGCUGCCUGCCUGCCUGCUGCUGCUGCAAGAACCGACGCCAUAGACAGCAGCAGGAGGUCGAGGUUCCUCCUCACGACUAUGCCGCCGACCUCGAUGUUAUUAAUUUGUUGUUCCUUUUUGUAGCUGCAAGUUAAUUCUUUGUUGAUUUUUCAUGUGUUUUUGUUUCUUGGAAGAAAUGUCUGCUAAGAUGAUAGCUCUUGUUCUGUUUAUGUGACGACAACGAAGAUUAUGUAAUAACACACGUGGAUGCCAAAAUACACCAUGUUUAUUAA